GGGAGAAGAUGGAGCUGCUGGUGGACCAUGUGGUGGGCCUCCCAGAGGACGCCGUGCUGUCGGUGCGCUGCGGCGGCACCCGGCGCCAGGCGCCGCUCAACUCGGUGGCCUCGCAGCCCUUGAAGUUCCCGGGGCAGCUGAGCUCCAUGGCGGAGCCGCUGAAGGUGGACGUGCUGCGGCCCGUGGCCUCCGCCAGGCUGGUGCUGCACCCCAAGGAGGACCUCUACAGCCUCAGCUUUGACAACGACGCGGCUUUGGGCAUCAAGAUCACCGGGGCCACAGACACCCCGGAGCCGCCGUCCAACCCCAAGGAGGCGGCCAACUGCGCCAAGGACUACUUGGAGGAGCACGGGCUGCUGAAGUACAUGCAGUCCAUGCUCCAUGCGGUGAUACAAGUAAAGCCUGAAGACCCCUACGCCUAUAUGAUGGAACAGCUUACCUGCGCCCAGAGUCGUGCCGGAGCACUGCAGAAGAUCGCCUCCCGCCCCAGCAGCGCGCUGCGGCGCCCCAAAAGCGCCCUGGCGCCGUCCCCGGCGUCCCCGGUGUCCCCGGCGUCCCCGACGUCCCCGACGUCCCCGGCCACCGCGCCACAGGCGCCACAGGCGAAACAGGCGCAGGCGGCGCAGGCGGCGCAGGCGGCUGCGGCGCCGCUGGUGCCCGUGCCCCCCCCUGCAUCGCGACCGGAGAACUGCCGGCCGCGGCCCAAGCCAGAGACGCCGGCGAAGCCCUCGCAAGCAAACGUGGAGGAGUUCCGCAACCAGCUCCGGGAGAAGCUGGAGCAGGCGCAUCAAAGCGGCACCUUGGAGGGUGUGGUGCAACGCGCUGUUAGCCCCUGUGCACCAGACGCUCCGGAGUCCAAGGCGGCGUCCGCCUUGGUGUCGGAGACAAAGGUUGAUGCGGCCGUCCAGCGCAAGGACCUGGACAGCCUGCGCGCGGAGGCGGCGGCCACCCUUGUGUCAGCGACAAAGGAUGGGAGCCUGGACGCUGCUCUCCAGCGCAAGGACCUAGACGGCCUGCGGGAAGAGGCGGCGGCCACCCUUGUGGCAGCGACAAAGGAUGGGCGCCUCGAUGCGGCCCUCCAGCACAAGGAGCUUGCUGCCUCGGAGGCGCUCGUGGAUGAGGCAGCCAGAUUGGAGGCCAUGAUUGCUGUCCAGAACGACCUGCGGAACACUCUGUUCGAUGCCAUUGAGAGCGACUCGCUGCUCCGAGCACUUGAAGAAGUUCGUUCAGGAACGUUUGAGGCAGAGCCCUGGGAUGCUUCAGAGGCAGACGGCCUCUUUGACUUGCAGCUGGGUCUCAGGGCAGUGUUCGCUGACGCCGCCGAAUCUGGUCAGCUGUCCAACGCCUUGCAGCUCAUCUCACCUCAGGAACAGAAGGAGGUGGAGGAGAUCAAGGACAAGAUGCGCAAGAUGUUGGAGGAUUCGCUAUCUUCGGGGAGCCUGGAGGAGACGUUGGGGAAGAUCAAGUCGAAGUCGGUCCAGGACGACAGCUUGCAGAUUAAGGCAACGCUGAUGAACCGCCUGUCGGCGGCCGCAGACUCGGGCGAGCUGCAGGAAGUGCUGCGGGACUUGCCGGAGGAUCUGAAAGGCGCGCGGGCGGAAGACCCGGAGGACACGAAGCGGAGGCUCCGCGAGCUCCUGGAGACCGCGGCGGAGUCCGGGCAGCUCCAGGUGGCCCUAGACCUCUGGGAGAAGGGGCAUGAGCCUGACCUCAACGCAUUGCAAGCAGAGCUUGGUGUGAUGAAGGAGGAGAACCGUUCUCUGGCAGAGACCAUCGACAAGCUGAUGGACCAGAUGGGGAGCUUGAAAAAGGAGAACGAGAAGUUGACCCAGGUGGUCAAAGGCCUCUGGGUCCGCAAAUGGGUCAAGACUUUGCCAGGCACAGAGUUGAUAGUUGAGAGCACAUGGCAGCACAUGGCAAGGCCCACGCCGCGGCCUAGGAUGUGGGGCUGGGGCGAGGACUGGCGAGGCCGCAUGCCGCAGCAGUAUGGUGAAUGGGGUCCUGAGAUGAGAGGACCUUUUGAAGGACCUUAUGAUGGACCGCCCGAUGGGCGGUUUCCGGGGCCAUGGCCACCGUUCGGGGAUGCCAAAGGCGCGAAAGGCGGAUGGUGCGACGGCCCGGGUCCACAUGGCAAAGGUCCGCAUGGCAAAGUCUGCGGCAAAGGAUGCGGCAAAGGCCCUCCGUGUGGCCCGGGGUGUGGGCCAUGCGGCUGCGGGCCAUUUGGGCCUGGCGAUAUGGGGUGCGGGCUGAAUGGCCCAGAGUGGAAUGGCCCAGAGUGGCAUGGCCCACAUGGCCCACAUGGCCCACAUGGCCCACAUGCGCCACACGGGCCACAUGGGCAUGGCCCACAUGGCCCACCUGGGCCGAACGCCCCGUGGCCGAUGCAUCAUCCGGAUCCAGGCUGGAAUGGUCCAGAUGGGCCGAUGCGACGGCCCGACUUUCCCGGAGCUUUCGAUGGGCCUGGCUCCGGAGGGAAAGGCUAUCCGCCGGACAUGAUGAUGGGUCCUCGAGGCGGCUGGAAGGGGAAGGGGCGUCCUUGGCAAGGUGAGCCCUGGGACGCGCCAUGGGAGGGACCCGGGCCCGGGACCGGGCGUUUUGGCCCAGACGGGCAGGAGCUUCCAGGUUGCCAUCCGGAUAUGUAUGGCCCUGGCAUGUACGGUAGGUCCAUGGGGCCGCCGGCAGGUUGCCGCCCAGAGAUGCAUGGGAUGCCCGGCAUGCCACAUGGACCGCCCUCCAUGAUCCCGCCAGGUCGUCCAGACUUUCACCCGGGAUGCAUGGGUCCACAACUGCCCAUAGUCCGACCAGGCCAUCCUCAUAUGGGCCCUGGCCCAGAUAUGCAGCAUUCGGCUGGCAUUCCCGGCAUGUCGAGUUCGCCGAAAAUGUCCUUGAUGCUGCCGCCGGCAGGAUCGCAAUCGCCGUGCUCGAGCUCGAGAUGUGUGGCAGGCAUGUUCAGUUCGCCAAACAUGUCCAUGGCGCUGCCACCAGGAGCGCCAUGCCCAAGCUCAUGCGUGGCAGGCUGCCGCCCAGAUAUGCAGCAUUCAGCCAGCAUUCCAGGAAGCAUGCUGAGUUCUCCGAAUCUGUCCAUGGUGCCACCAGGCCAUCCUGUCAGGCUGGACGAGAGGCCCACGGUGACGGAGGUCGAGCCGAAGGUGGAUGCAGAGAACCCGGCCAGCCCCGAGUGGGCAGGGAUGGAUCUGACUCCGGCAAAGCAAGGCGACGCUGAGGUGAAGCCGAGCGCAGGGGAGGAGUGGCGGCGCGUGGAGCAGGCCGCCGCGGAGGCGGCACAGUCCCUGCGCGCCAUCGCCCAAGAGGCGGAGGCGAGGGUGCUGGCGGAGAGGCACGCCACCCAUGCAGAGGUCAUGGCCCACCACGCGCGCCAGCAAGAAGUCAUGGACCGCAUAGAAGCUGAACUGGCGGAGCUGAAAGACGCCAAGGCCGCGGUGGCAAAGGCCCAGUCGCAGCUUCCCGGCGCCGGUGAGGUGCCAGAGAUAGCUGUGAAGAGCCUCAGCCUAGAGGAAACCCACGACGCCAGCGCUUUGGCCCAGCUGUCGGCUCGAUUGCAGCAGCUGCGAGACCAAACCGCUGCGGCUGAGGCUGCGCGACCGGCUGCACGAGAGCCAGCCCCAACCAUCGUAGCCAGCAGUGGAUGGCCUGAGGCUGCAGCCGAGGCUGCCCAAGAGCCAGCCCCAACCAUUGCUGCGGCUGAGGCUGCCCCAGAGCCGGCCCCAACCAUCGUAGCUGUAGCGGAGGCCCGGGAGCCAACCCCAAUAGCGAUGGGCAAGACGCAGAGCUCGGAGGAAACGCAGGACGCAACUGCCGGUGCACACGUGCAGAACGCGCACGUUGAGGAUGUGCUACCCCUUCACGCAGCCGCGCCUGAAGUAGCCCUGUCCGGCCUAGCUGUAGCCCUGUCCGGCCCAGACCGGGACGUGAUGUCUGCUGUGGAAAAGGCCAGGGCAGCUGUCGCCGAGCUGCAGCGCCAUGCUGGAGUGCUGGAGGUAGAGCAUUCGGAGCCGCUUCCCACUAUGAACACCUCUUCUUGCCCGCCUUUUUGCCAUGACGUGGUGGGCUUGAACAUCCUGCUGUCCCCAGAUGGGUACACAGCCACCAGAAGCUGUGGCUGCCGUGAGUCAGUGGCCAUUGGCAAGGGCCCCUUGGCCAAGCAAACGGCGGGCCACUUCUUCGAGGUGGAGGUCUGCCAGACAGUGGACGGCUGGCUCGGCGGGCUGGGCAUAGGCGUCACCCAUGCCGACCCUCGCGGGCUCCGGGAUCAGCGGGUGCCGGACAAAGCCUGGCGAGUGCCGGGCACCUUCAUUGUGGGCUACACAGGAGCCCGGUACCUCAAUGGCAGGGAAGGCACCAUUGAUUGGCAGCCAGAGCAACUCAAAGCUGGACAGCGCGUGGGCCUUCUCAUCGCCAGCUACAGCCAGGACCUCGUGGUCUACGUGGAUGGCCUUGAGGCGGCGCGGGUGCCGGGCGCGGAGCUGAAAGCGGCCAACCUCGGCGAAGGCCCCUUGUUUUCCAUCGUGGAUGUCUACAACGCAACACUUGCAGUGAAGCUUCUCCCAGGAGCCUCCUGUCCUGUGGAGUUUUGUGGGCACUGAGCUCGCCCUGGCUGAGAGCUUCGCCGCGAAGCGGCGGAGCCAGUUUGGAGAUGCCCAUUGCUUGAAAGCGAGCCUAGGUGCCCCAGCGAUCGGUCCGC